UAGGAUAGUCUUAUGUAACCAUUUUUAAUCUCGGUUUUUUUAAAUAUUAUGUAACAAGUAGUAACUGUACCCACGUAAACCUGUAACUAGAACGUGGAGACGUAGCGUCUGCUCUCAGCCAAGUGGUGGGCAGUGGUUGUACGAACCAGCUUGGUCUGUGAGCAGACACGGGCAUCUGGGGUAACUGGACCUUUUUUUGUUUCUGUUAAAAAUAGGAUCUAAGGUCAGCGUGGUCCUCUUUUAAGCCUAGAUGGAGAGUAAUCUAGUAUAGGAGCCUGGGAUAAAUACACAUUAUCACUGUGUAUCUUUAUCCAUAAAAAUCGCUUAUUUUUCUGAAAGAAAAUAGCAAUUAAUUAAAAUUGAGUGACAGAUUUUGUCGUCAGUUUUGUUUUUUGAUUGAGUUCAACAAAUUGUCCACAUGACCGUGGCGGCUAUUCGUUGCCCCCUGACGUAGAUCUUCAGAGAAACAGUCAGAUCACCUGUUUACAUUUUGACUGCCUUUCUCAUCAGCUGCCAUCUUUCUGUUGAUGGCGGGAGCCACUGCCAGUGUAUUGAUAAGAGGCCUGGACCGAGCAUUCACCCAGGCAGCUACUAGCUGGGGACAUUGCUGUCUGCAUUAGCAAAUACUUUCAUUCCUGGACCAGUGGGUAAAAAGACAAAGUGGGGCAGUCAUCUUCUAAACCACAAACCCCGGCCAGGACUGGCUAUUCUUCUCAAUCCAGAAGACAGCCAGAACGUAGUUUUGGCCUUCAGCUUCUAAUGAGUGACAUUAACUCAUCCGUGGAAAGCCUUAACUCAGCUUGCAACAUGCAGUCUGACACUGACACUGCGCCGCUUCUUCAGAACGGCCAGCAUGCCGGCAACCAGCCAGCAGCCUCGGGCUCUCGGGGCCAGCAGCCGCAGGCGUCCCCAAAGCAAAAAGUACAGCGGUCCCAGCCUGUCCAUAUUCUUCCUAUCAGGUGGGCCCAAAGAAGUGAGCUUUGGAUUUUUCAAAGGAGGAAAGGAAGGAGAGGUGAAGCUGCAGAAGUGCCAAGGAGUUCAGAGGAGAUAAUGAAUCGGCGCGCUCAGGAGGAAGACCAGCAGCUGAGAACUUCAUCUCUUCCGGCCAUCCCCAAUCCAUUCCCGGAGCUCUCUGGUGGUGGCCCUGGAAGCCCGGCUGCGGCUGCUGCCGCGGCUGCGGCUGCUGCUCCUCCGAGCAACUUGCCGCCGCCUCCGAGCAAGCCACCUACCAAGCAGGAUGUCAAAGUCUUUAGUGAAGACGGGACAAGCAGGGUGGUGGAGAUUCUGACUGACAUGACUGCCAGGGACCUGUGCCAGUUGCUGGUGUACAGAAGUCACUGUGUGGAUGACAACAGCUGGACUCUGGUGGAGCACCACCCCCAACUGGGAUUAGAGAGAUGCCUGGAGGACCAUGAGAUUGUGGUCCAAGUGGAGAGCACCAUGCCAAAUGAGAGUAAAUUUCUGUUCAGAAAGAAUUAUGCCAAGUACGAGUUCUUUAAAAAUCCAGUGAACUUCUUCCCGGAUCAGAUGGUCAAUUGGUGCCAGCAGCCCAAUGGCAGUCAUGCUCAGUUUCUGCAGAAUUUUCUGAACACCAGCAGCUGCCCUGAGAUCCAAGGGUUCCUGCAGGUGAAGGAAGUUGGAAGAAAGUCUUGGAAGAAGCUGUAUGUGUGCCUGCGCCGAUCUGGCCUUUAUUACUCCACCAAGGGGACUUCAAAGGAACCAAGACACCUGCAGCUGCUGGCUGACCUGGAGGAAACCAGCAUCUUCUAUGUGAUUGCUGGAAAGAAGCAGUACAAUGCACCCAAUGACCAUGGGAUGUGCAUCAAGCCAAACAAAGCGAAAGUCGAGAUGAAGGAGCUGCGUCUGCUCUGUGCCGAGGAUGAUCAGAUCCGUACUUGCUGGAUGACGGCCUUCAGACUCUUCAAGUAUGGAAUGCUCCUGUACCAAAACUAUCGCAUCCCGCAGCAGAGGAAGGCCCUGCUCUCUCCUUUCAACACACCCAUGCGCAGUGUCUCUGAGAGUUCUCUGGUGGCAAUGGAUUUUUCUGGACAAAUUGGAAGAGUGAUCGAUAAUCCGGCUGAAGCCCAGAGUGCUGCCCUGGAAGAGGGCCAUGCUUGGCGCAAGCGAAGCACCAGGAUGAAUAUUCUGAGCAGCCAAAGCCCUCUUCAUCCUUCUACUCUGAAUUCAGUGAUUCACAGGACUCAGCAUUGGUUUCAUGGACGUAUCUCCCGCGAGGAGUCUCACCGGAUCAUCAAACAACAAGGACUCGUGGAUGGGCUGUUCCUCCUGCGUGACAGCCAGAGCAAUCCGAAGGCAUUUGUGCUGACACUGUGCCACCACCAGAAGAUUAAGAACUUCCAGAUCUUACCCUGUGAGGAUGAUGGGCAGACCUUCUUCACUCUGGAUGAUGGGAACACCAAGUUCUCCGACCUGAUCCAGCUGGUCGACUUCUACCAGCUCAACAAAGGUGUUCUGCCCUGCAAGCUGAAGCACCACUGCAUCCGUGUGGCCUUAUGACCUCCUUGCCCUAUCACAGAGGCUGGAGGCAGCAGCACUGGAGCGGAGAAGAGAGGCCUGCACGAGGGUGAGAACACACACCUCCUCCCACCCACGGACUCAGAAAACACAAAGCUUUUUUGAUCGGUACCAACCGACCAACAUCAAUUAGUUAUUGGACUUCACCAUGAUUUACCGCUGCGGAUCAAGCAGGACCACCUCCCCCUCUUGCGUCAGCCAUUUAAAUGGGGGGGGGGGGGAUCCAGUGCAAGUGUGGGAAGAAACUGGAAUGACAAUUUUGAUUAGGCCAUGUGAGGGUGAAAAACCGCACAGAAGUGAUUGGAAACGAACUCUUGCCCUGGAAUAAUCUUGACAUUUCAAACCGCAAUGUUUACUUUUUUGUAUUGAUCACUCUUUUGCACUCCUUCCUCGUUGUCAAUGUUGUGCUCAGCCUAUGGUAGGAGAGAGAGGAUGUGGCUUUGCAACCCAGAUGAGACAGAGAAUUUUGAAUUGGCAGACUUCGGCCUGAAAAAAAAAAAAAAAUGAGUCCCCAAAGUUUUCUUGCGGGCAUCCUGUUUGCCACAGGUUGCCACGGUGUGGAUUUGGCUCCUACAUUUAGAGACCCCCCCCCCACAGUCUUUCCCAUUAUACUUGAAAAGCUUUGGGUUUUUAAAAAACAAAAACAAAAAAAAACAAAAAAAAUGAACUAACAAAAUACAAGGUGUCAGUUGUGGUUGACACCAAGCAUGUUUUGUGGCUCAGUCAGGCUACCACAAGUCUGGUCAUUGUUGGUGUUGUGCUGACGUCUGGUCAUUUAUUAUCAGUGUGUCUCGUUCCUCACCGUGCAGGGGACCUCAUCACUUGGGAAAACUCACUGGUCCCCAGCACAGCACAGCUGCAUGACCUCAGCUUUAGGCUGAUGUCAGCAAGCCUUCUUGGAACACAUUGGUAUUCAUUGUGGAUGCCACAUAGUCCAUCUGGGGUGCCCCGUGCCUCAUAUUUUCACAGCCACCCACUGUUGUACAGUAAUUGCUGCCUUUCCCCUCUGCAGUAGCCUCGGUCAUUUCAGUUCUCCCACAGGGGUGGGAUGGGGUGGUGGGUUUAAAUGAUUUCAAGAGAAAAUGUCAACUUGUUGGCCUUGUGCUCUGUCACUCUGAGCUUCUAUGGUGAUAAAGAUAAGGAAACACUGCAGAGGCCACCGCAUUGGCUGGCUUUGAGUCUUUGCUUGAUGACCUCUGCACCCUACUGAUAACCCCCUAAGCCAGCAGCUGCAAGAUAUGCACAGGCUCUGCCUCUGCUGGCUUAGGGUGAGAAGUACCUCACAGUGGUUGUGAACAUUGGACAGUUUUGAGCAGCGUGAUGCUUGCUUCCUCCUCCGAGAGAGGAGUCAAAAGGUGGCUGGAGUUGUCGUUGAGUCCCCUGAGCCCCAUGGAGGGACCCUCUGUUGUCCCCUUAAUGAUUUAGCAGACAGGACUCACUUAAGAAACACACAGACAACCGUGGUGAACAGGUUUCUUUUCCUGACACCACACCUGACUGGCCUUUGAACCUGAGCUAGCCACCAGAUUGCCAGUCCCGACUCAUUGAUGUGCUCCCCAGGGAGCACCUGAGAUUGCCCUGCGUUGCGUUUGGCGCGCAGCGGAAGAUUGAUGUAACAGCGCUUUGUAAACAGGUCAGCUGCGAGCUGGUCCACAGUAUAGAAACACUGUAGUUCACAGACCACGCAACCGUGUUUCCACGAGAUGUUGAUUACAACAAAUGAAGAAUUUUUUUUUCUUUUUAUCAUUUAUCAUUUUAUCAUUUUAUCA